AUGUCUUCCACCGAAGUUCAAACACCAAAACUUUAUGAUGAUAUAAUGCUUAUCAAGGGUGGAAAUGCUGCUGGUGAGUAUCAGUUAAGGGUUUUGAGAAAGUGGACCGUUUCUAACAGUGUUUUUCCUGGAAAUGUUGAAUCGGUUGAUAUGGUGUUGAUCGACAGGAAUGGUCAUAAAAUCCAAGCAACCAUUCCUAAUCUUUUGUUGUGUCUUUUCGAUAACCUAAUAGAUGAGGGUAAUGUUUAUGUUAUGUCUAAUUUAUCUGUUACUUACAACUUGCAUGAGAUUCUGGGAAGUUAUAAUAGGUACAUGCUUGUGUUUAAUGUUAACACUAAUGUGAAUCUGUCUUCGAGUUCAUCUAUUGCACAUUAUGGAAUGUCCCUCAUCGGAUCCGAUAAUGUUCUCCAGCUUUCCGAAAGAUUCAAGUAUUUAGUUGAAAUGUCUAAGUCAUUGCUUGACUGUAGAAAUUCGUAUGAUUGUGAGCUUUGUGGUGACUAUGUUGAUCUUUUUCGUGUAUUGAUGGAGAACCAACCACUAGGGUUGCCCAUUGUUGUCCUCCAGUUUGCUAAAAUAACUAUGCAACAAGGUUCCAUUGUUGUUCAAAGUGUUGACCGUGUCACAAGGCUCUAUGUUAAUCCAGUCUUUCCUGAAUCAAUACAAUUCAAGACAGGAUUGAUUCUGGCACUGAACCAGACCAGAAGACUUCUUGGCAAUUGUCCGAUGGAUAAAUCGGUUGGCUUUAGGUUUGAUGUCAGUUAUCAAUUCAAGACAAUUUCUGAGCUAUUGGAUGACCCCCAGACUGGUAUUUUUAUUGUUAAUGCUCGCAUAGUUGAUAUGGUUGAACUGAACCCGUGGUGGUAUCCGGUGUGUCGUUGUGAUAUCAUUGUUGAGAGCUACCUCGGUGCCUAUUUUUGCGAGAACUGCCACGCAACAGAAUUUUCUGCUGUUCCAAAGUAUAGAGUUAAAAUGGUGUUAGAAGAUGAAACUGGUGCCUGUUUUAUUGAGGCCUAUGAUCAUGUUAUGCUUCCUAUUUCAUUGGUUGACCCAAAUAAUCCGAUAUUGCCUGAGGCUUUUUUUCCCCGUGCAUUUGACUCGGUAAUUGGCAAAAGUAUAGUUUUGAUUCUGCACAAGACAGUUCACAUUGAUAAAUUUCUUGAUCCAGUAUAUGAGGUUCGUUGUGUGUCCGAUGAUCCUCAGGUGAUUAAUUUUUAUGCUAGCAUGGGUCUUUGCAGGAUUCCUUCAAAGGUUGUUCCAAAUUUGAUUGAUCCAGAAUGCAAUCUGAUGAAAAAAAAGGUGUAUCGAUCUCCUGCUACCACUACCGAACGUUUGCUUGACGAGUAUCUAGGACCGGUUUAUCGAAGGAAUCCGCCAUGUGACGAUGCAGAAAGUUCUUCUGCUGCUGCUGGGAAAUCUAGAGUGGUUCGUCCUAGGCUUAAUUAA